CGACAGCCUGUCUCGAGCGCCCGUGCACCCCGUUUCUGCCUCCGCCGUAGAAGUGGCACGAAGGAACGCGAGAGGCACCGACGAGAGGUUAAAGCUCGAGAGGAGAGCGGGGACAGCGCGGUCCUUUCCCGAAGUGUCACGCAAUCGGCGCCAGCGGGGCCAUUUCAGCGCGCGCCUGUGGUACCCGGAGGAGCGUCUCUCGCGAACGCAGACGGAGGAGAAAGACAGACAGACAGACAGACAGACAGACAGACAGACAGACAGACAAGGAUCAGAAGAUGGAGGGCAUGGCAUACGGCGCAGGGAAGGCUGGCGGAGCCUUCGACCCCUUCACCUUCUUCCAACAGCCGCACACCAUCCUCCGCAUGGUGUCCUGGCUCUUCUCGUUAGUAAUAUUUGGCUGCAUAGCUAACGAGGGCUACGUGAACCGGCCGGACGAGGUGGUGGAGUACUGCGUUUACAACCGCAACCAGAAUGCGUGUAACUACGCCGUAGGAAUGGGCACGCUGGCCUUCCUCUGCUGCAUGGCUUUCCUGGCGCUUGACGUCCACUUCCCCCAGAUCAGCAGCGUGAAGGACCGCAAGAAAGCUGUCCUCGCCGACGUUGGGGUGUCAGUGUUCUGGUCUUUCGUGUGGUUCGUGGGCUUUUGUUUCUUGGCCAAUCAGUGGCAGGUGGCAAAACCCGAAGACAACCCGUUGCGUGAGGGCGCCGACGCGGCCCGAGCAGCCAUCACGUUCUCUUUCUUCUCCAUCUUCACUUGGGCUGCCCUUGCAUGGUUGGCUUGGGAAAGGCUAAAGAAUGUCUCUUUUGAAGAGGAAUAUAACAAAUUGUUCUCCCCCCCUCCUAACCGCUGAUCUAACAGACUAAUAGACUUGACCACUUAGACACAACCAAACAUACAGACACACAUACACAGUCUUUUCAAUCUCUGUAUUUAACCCUGUAAGUGCCAAACUAUAUUUACAGGGCUUUAUCCUUCUUUGUAUUCAGAGGAAGUUUAACUUAAUUACACUGGCAGACACUGCUAGGAUAUAUUCAGUAUAGUCUGAUAAUUAGUAGGUGAAAUGGAUCUUUGGGGGGGUGUUGUAAGAUGGACCAUGACACCUUCCGUGAUAUUCAGUGAUGCAGUGAUAUUUAACCAUCAUUUACCAUCACAUCAUAUUUUAUCAUCAUUUCAUUUUAGUGUUCUGCUGCUUACAGACAUCUGUGAUCUGUUUUAUUUCAAGUUGAUUCAUUUGUUUUGUAAUUCAUCUGUAAUUAUCAUCUGAGACACAUUAUCUGAAUUAAGUAUGCAGUAUGGAUGUUGUCUGUAAAAUGGAUUUGAGUCCAGUUGGUUAAGAUCCUCUCGAAUGGAUGAUGCAUUUAUGUAUUUUUGAUGGUUAAGGAUCAGUAACUCAGGAGGGAAAAAAUUAGCAUAGGGUUUGUAUUUUAAAGCUUCCUAUAUUCAUCUGUUUUCAGUCAUAAGACUUGUUUAAAAUGAACCCUGUUUUAAAAAAAAACAGUAAAAUUGAGUUAUUAUUAAGAUUUUAAGUGAUUUUAAAUGUUGCUGGCAAUCUGCUGCUCCAUUUUCUAACGUGCUAAUUGUGUUCUAACUUCUCUUUCUCCCUCUCCCUCCUCUACAUCCAAACAAUCAUCCUUUUCUCUUGGUCACAUCACUGUCCUAUUGUUUAAACCACAUUCUUCUGUAUUUCUUUUAUGGAUUAUCGGUUUAAAUCCAUUGUUCUUGUUAAUUUUGUCUUCAAUAUUCAAUUAUUUCAACCCAAUUUCUGUGAUGUGUCCUGUGUUGUUUGUCUUUGUUUAAUUGUGAACAAACCUGCCGUUAUUGCUUUUAACCCUCAUUACCCGUGUCCAUCUAUAAACCCCUACUGGGUGCUUUUCCCGCCUUCCUCC